AGAUCUCCCUCCAAGCUUCCUGAUUUUGAAUAGCCUGCCAUAAGAUUUUCCACAUACGAACCCACAGGACUUAAAGCUAAUCAAUGGCGAGUGGACAGCUGUCGAGGGCAGAGGCAUUGGAGUGCUCACGCUGCAGGCAUGCCUGUCAUGUGAUGCUCUACUGUGACACGAAAUCUCAGCUGUUUGGGAGGUUUCCCCUAAGACAUAUCAUACUGAUGCAGAUGCGCUUUGACGGUCUGCUGGGUUUCCCUGGCGGGCUCGUUAAUCCAUCGGAGGAGACCCUGGAAGCAGGGCUUAGCAGGGAAUUGUUGGAGGAGCUGGGCGUGGCAGUGCCAAUAUCGGUAGAAGAUCAUGUGGACUCCCGAUUUGCCCCUGCUUCCUCUCCCUCCCGCUCCUCCCGCCUUAUCCUUCACUUCUACGUGAAGAAGAUGGAGGAGGAGCAGAUUAGGGAGGUGGAGAGAGCGGCUGUAUCCACUGCAACAGAUUAUGGACAGGAGGUUCUAGGAACGGUCAGAGUCCCUCUCUACACCAUGAAAGCCGGGGGAGGCCUUGCGCCUUUCCUCUCGCACUCGUUCAUCGGCAGCGCUCGCUCCCAGCUGGUCGACUCUCUGCUGCGCUUCAACCUGGUCGCCCCUGAGGACUUGCACAAAGCCCUCGCACACUCGCUGAAGAUAAACACACAAAAUGCAGAGGACCUGCAUGGGGCCCUUGCGCUAACAGAGGCGAGGAAACGGUUUUGAAACACACCUGCACGUGCAUCAGCACAUCCUCUCAAGCACGCACUUACAUUUUGGCCAUCAGCAGUGCUCAACACAAUCUUUCACUCACACACUUAAUCCUACACACACACACAAACACACUGUGAUACUGAUUCUGAGCUGGUGACUCAUAAUUGCCUCAUGCAUCAAACAGUUUGGAGAAAACAUUGUCAACUGCUCCACCAUUAAUGCAAAUAAAAUCAUUUAACCGUCCAUGAUAUUCCCACUUCCUCUGUCAUUUUACUCCUGUUGUUGAUUUUAAACUGAAAACUUGAAAAAACUAAUUAAAUGACGUGAAAGCAAC